AUGGAGGCUAUUCGGGCUGCCGCUCCGGCUCUUGGAGAAAAGAAACAUAAACCAGGAGAUGGCUUCUCAGCAAAUAAUUUAUUCCCAGGAGAAGAAAGUGAGACUGAGCAGAUAUCUGCUGUUGAUUAUGAAUGUGGUGAAGAAGAAGAGAGAAAAGAUUAUGAGGAAGAAAGCAAUGAACAGCAAGAUAUAUUAGUUGAAGAUGAUCUGAACAAUAAUAGAUUUGAGUAUAAAUCUGGAGUGCAAGAAUGGCCAGAUGGUUCUUGCUAUAAAGGCGAAUUUUCAUUUGAUUUAAAACUUGGAUAUGGAGAAUUUGCCUGGGACAAUGGUGAGGGGCUUUACAAGUCUGAUGAACGUUUUGGACCAGGAAUUGAAACUUAUCCAGAUGAUAGGCAAGAUGUUGGCCUGUGGCAUCGACACCAUAUUAUUAAACUAUGUACACAAAUUCCUGAGCAUUUUACUCUUUUUGAUUUCCCAGAACUCAGUAUCUAUUUUGAUGCUGAGUCUAAACAGCAAUAUAUUUCAGAGGAAAGCACUUCUAUAUGGGACUUGAAUGAAGAAAAGGAUCCAUUUUUCUACAGAUUCAAACGCCUUCUCCUAAAUGAUGACAACUAUACGCUGCCUGCUAAUAUGUAUAUAUAUUCAAUUGAUGCAGAUAAUCUUCCUCUUACACAAUCCUUCUUGAAAGAGUUUGAUUUUCAAUAUUUUAAGAAACGAAAACAUCACGCUUCUGAAAAACCAUGGCGUAUAACAAACAUAACCCCUAUUCUGGUUAAGAUGCAGAAAAACAUAUAUAAGUAUAGGCAUUGCCAGAGUGACAUAGAGUGGAAUAUUAAUGCUAUUAUCAAAGGCAAUCGGUACGGUUUUGGAGCUAAAGGUCCCAAAGAGCUUAUUGCUGAAGAACUGAUUGAGAAAUCAGCAGAAGGAAACUAUAAAAGAGUUUAUGAAAUUCUGAGGGAAAAUCUGGCCCAUCCUGAUAUAGCAGAUAUGAGUGGAUAUACAGCUCUUUCUGCUGCUGCUUUGAAUUAUCAAGAAGACAUCAUCAACCUUCUUCUAGAUUGUGGAGCUGACGUGAAUAAAUGCAGUGAUGAAGGAUUAUCAACUUUGUCUAUGUGUAUGAUUCAUUAUUUCCCUGCAGAAGGAUUUCAGCCUAAUAUUGCCGAAAGGAAUAUCUUUUCAAAAGAGUUAGAAAACAUCCUUGAAGAAAUGUCUAAAGAAUCUGUAGCAUUAUCACGGUCAGAUAUAUCUCAAUUAUCUGAAGCAAGUACAAAUGCUACCACACCCCCAUCCGUUGAAGCAUUGUCAGUCUCAGUUGAAAAGACAGAAUUUAUCCCAGAUAUUGAAAUUAAGUCAUCGGAGGAAACAGACAAUGGAGAAAAGAGCUCUGGGACAAUUUGUGGUAUUUACAACUACAAAAUUAAGAUUUCUCCAGAAACUAUGCAUCAUGGUGCAGUUGUUCUUAGCCACCAUAUGUUACAAACUCAGUGUUACCCAGAUACUGGGGACUCUGUUCAUCAGGAAGGCACCUUAAGGAGAAUGGCAGCAUCAUUAACAGAACAAAAAAAGAGAAUGUCUAUAAUUAAAGCGCUCCUAAGGAGAGGUGCUGACCCAAAUAUUUCCAACAUCCCAAUGCAUGUACUGUUCUUUGCUGUUAAAUCCGCCGAUGCAGAAGUUGUGCAAAUACUUCUAGAAGCUGGAGCAAGGACUGACAUACGACUUCCAACCAGACUUGGGGGUGUGGCUCCUCUUCAUAUUGCUGCUGCCCUUUCUGGUGUAGAAGGGAUUGCAAUCACAGAAUUACUACUUCAUGCUGCUGCAGAUCCUGAUGUCAGGGCACAAGACGAGGACGAUAUAUUCCGACUAGAUAAGAUUCCAGUGAAGUUUGAUAUUGGUGAAUCAGUAUCUUUCAUAAAAAUGAAUAAUGAACCCGGACCACCGAAAAGUUACUACAGAGAAUGUAAUAUUGUCCCAGAGGAAGGUGGAAGGACACCUCUUCAUAUUGCCUGUGAGAGGGAAGACAAUUUGAUGAAUACUGGCAAAGUUAUUCAACAUCUGUUAGAUCACAAUGCAAAUCCAAAUGUCCUGUGGAAUGGCCAUUCCCCUCUUUCCCUAGCAGUUGCUUGUGGAAAUGAACAGGCAGUAGCUGAACUUCUGGCUGGUGGAGCUGAACCAAAUCUACCUCUAAGCCAAAGUAUUGCAAGUGCCUUGUGUGCUGUUAUUAAUCCUGCAUAUGAACAGACUGGGACAAUAGCAGCUAAGAUCGCACUGAUUGAGACUCUCAUCGCAGCAGGUGCAGAUAUGCUGAUGCCAAUUACUCUUAUUGAUGAGAGUAGAACUGCAGUGGGGACAGUUGUGGACUACACAUAUUUCAAAUAUUAUCAGGAUAAAAGACUGUUGCAUAUUCCCCUCCAUUCUCUCUCACCAAUGGAGAGGGAUGCAUAUGCGUUUCGGCGAAAGAUGCUGGAUUUUCUUAGUGAACGGCUUCGUGACUGUGUCAUUGAAAAGGAAAAACAGUGGGAUGAAGAAGAAUUUAGAAAAAUCAAAAUUGCUUCUGCAGGAGUAAGAAGGAAAUCUAUAAAUACCGCUUUAGGACCAUUACCAGAAAUAGAUCCGUCAAAAUUGCUCUUCUUUAAAUACUGCUACCAGUGUGGACGAUCUGUUGGUGUGACCCUUACACCUUGUCAACAUUGUUUUGAGAUCUUCACUUGCAGCAAGUCCUGUAAGGUCAAGGCUUGGAAUGAACGGCAUAAGCGAGAGUGUUUACAAACAGUGAGACAACGUAAAGCCAGCAUUAAAACAAAAGUGACUGUUCAAUACAUAAAAUCAAAGGACACGAAAGCAAAGAAACAGGCAGCAGCCAGACAUAAAAAAGAAGACAUAGAAAAGUGGAAACACGAUAGAAGACGACGAACUCCUCUGCAGGCUAGCAGUCAAGCAGAUCUCCCUUACACUGGAAACUAUAGUUUCAUUUAGAUGUUACUUUUAAUAAUGCAGGACUGGUCAAUUUGAUGUUCAAAAUGCUGCAUAAGGAUGAAAAGAAAAGACACUUGUUUUUAAGACACAAAUUAAGAAAUUGUGUGUUUUUGUGUUAUUUUGGGGAACCAGUUUAAACAAAUGCCUGGUAUUCAUUUACGGAUGUGGUAAAGUGCCCAUACUUUUCCAAAGUCUGUUCUUUUCAAUAAAUGUUUUUUUUUUAAGAAUCUGGUUUACCACAUGUUAACUUGGGAAGAGAGAAUGACUCUUCUGAUGAUAUAGACAUUUCUGUCAUCAUCUGGUCUUUCAAAUUCCUCAGCUGAUGGAUAACAUUAACCCUCAUAAUAGUUUUAACUCAAUGUGCUGCUUAGUUUCCACAAUAAAGAUUUUUGCCAAGUAGUUGAUGGUUCUAGUAUAAGCAUAAAUGUAAGAAUCUUUUUAUUGUGCUUCCAGGAAAUUCAGAAACAAGGGAGAAUCAGUUUUUUAUUGAUUUUAAAUGCGUAUGAGUUAGAGAACUGAAGCAAUUGUUUUAUCUGUUCAGUUGACAGAAACAAAGAAAGCUGUUCCACAAGCUCUUAAAUGCACCCAGUUCUCAGUCUGAGUGGUGACUUUUAAAAUUGCAUCCUUGAAAUCUGAAAUUCGCAGCAUUUAACUGGUGGAAUUCAUGAUUAAAAGUUUCUGUUCCGAGUAAUAAAACAGCACAGAUCUUAUUUUAGUUGAAGCUUAGUUUGAAAACUUAAAUUAUUGAAUGAGGCGAUUGUUGUUAUAGGCGAUCCCCUGUAGGCUUAGUACUGAAACAUCACAUUACUAGUGAUCUUUUCAAUUACAGAUCCUAUUGCAGUCAGUGGAAAUUGGAGUAGAAUUUAGCAGUGUUUGUACUUGUAAUUGAGGGUGAAAAAAAUGCUAGCAGUUGUCUUGCUUAAGGCUACUGAUGGUGUUAACAAUAUUGAAGUAUCCUAUUGUUAUGCCUCUGCUGUAAUA